CUUGAACGUCUCCUCGAUCUCCGUGAUGCUCGUGUCCUUCUCCACCACCAGGAAAUUGGGCUUCCGGUUCUUGUUCAGCUCUCCGAUCCCGCCGAGCAGGAAGCCCGUGCAGGUGUCCUCGUCGCCGAUGACAGCGAUCAGUUUUCCGCGGCCCGCCAUCACCGGAGCUGCUCGUUCGGUUCCGCACAGAUCAGUCGGUCAUGUGAGCGGUUCCGUCAGAGGUCACGUGAGGAGUCACGCGGAAAGAAAAACCGGAAGUCAGCUGCAGUUUGUGCAAACGGCAGCGAAGAAGAAGAAAAAUGACCACGGCGGCGCUGACGGCGGGUCUGGACCGGAUCCCGGACCAGCUCGGGUACCUGGUCAUCAGUGAGGACGGAGUCCUGGCCGUGAGUCUUCACAGGGCGGAGCCUGACAGACCCUCACCUGUCCAGUCUGCAGGUGAGCUGGAGAACGAUGAACACACAGCCGGAGUCAUCAUGCAGAUGGUUCGGACCGCCUGUCGCUUCAGGUUAUCAGGAUCAGCCGAAGCCCCCUUCAAGCGCAUGUCAGUGAUCCUGGACGACUUUGUUUACGUGGCGACCAUCUCGGGUCAGAAAGUGUUCGUGGUGAAACGUCAGAACAACCAGCACCAGGCCGUCUGCGCGUAGGGCGGAGCCUCAGCGUGGAGGGCGGAGCCUCAGCGUGGAGGGCGGAGCCUCAGGAGGAGGACUGUUCUUGGUUAUUUCUGUAAAUAAAGUUUGUAAACA